AACAGUCAGUAUGAGUUCGACAUUCGAGAAAGUUGGUGUCUGCGGCUUCUGCUCCUGCUUGCGCGUUACUUUUUGACAUUGAUAUAAAAGUUUUUUUUUCUUUCUUUUCAAGACAACUAGUUAUGGAGCACUUAAAUAAGCAAAUACUUGGUAAAACAAAAACCAGAUAUAUCAUGAUGAGUGCAAAGCAAAUUAUCGCUCCGCAAUAUUCAUGACCCAUUUUACAAACGAUCACUAUUGGAAUCUGCUGUGUGGAGUGGGUACUAAAAUGUACCAUAUCAUCUACAACAAAUACAAUGCUUAAUGUGUUCUAAUUUCCUACACACAAAACACGGAACAGACUGUGACAGAGUUCGUCCUGUUAUCAUCAACAGCAUCGCCUGCCCCAACAGAACAACCACCACUAGCAUCACCGCUUGCAACACAACCAGCAGCAGCAGAAGGCACAGCAGGUGCAGCAGCAUGCAGAGCGAGGCGCCUCCCUGCAGCAAGGUGCCCACCGUGGACGUGGGUGACCUAGGCGCACACCACGCGGAGGAGCCCUGCCAGCAGGAGUGGGAACGCGUGACGCGCGAGCUGGAGCAGGCCUUCAGCGAUAUAGGAUGUGCCUACCUCACCGGCCAUGGCGUGCCUGACCACCUGAUCAAUGAAAUGCUGUCCACUGGUGUUGCUUUCUUCAAGCAGCAAGAAGAGGUUAAGAUUCGUUGGGCUAAAGAUAUGAAUUUACAUGGAUACAUCAAGAUGAACUCCGAAAGAUUUGCUGGAGCAGGUCCUGAGCUGCAUGAAGGCUUCGUCUUCAAUCCAGCCUGUUACGGCCCGUAUAAUGAGGAAGUACCGCUGUUUAUGACGCUUUUAGUGCCUCUGCAUGAGUUUUGUCGCACCCUCUCUCGGAGGCUGAUGACCUGCUUCGCCCUCAGUGUGGGAAAGAAUCGAGAUUACUUCGUGAACAUGCACCAGGACAGCGGCACCAAGAACAGCCUCAGCACUUACCGUCUGAACUAUUACCCACUGGCCUCUGGUGAUCAAGAGGAAGUGGUUGGAUUCGGUGCUCACGCUGAUUACACUACUAUAACCCUUCUUUUCAGCAACGACUCGAAAGGCUUGCAGGUUCGUGACUCAGCUGGGCAGUGGGUGGACGUGGCCUACGUUCCCGGCACCAUACUGUUACUGGCGGGGGAGUUCCUCCACUUCCACUCCUACAAGAGGUUCAAAGCACCGAUGCAUCGCGUCGUUGUGCCCAGUGAAUACCAGCCCGGGCGACUACAUCGUGUCACGUUUGGCUUUUUCGAUCAUCCUGACUCGCACCAGCCAAUGUGGCCUCCCAGUGAAGACCCUACCAGCCCUGCUCCGCCGAAUGUCAAAGACUAUUUACUGGCAAUAAUGCGUAGAGCGGUUGACAUAGGUGCUAAGAAAUGAGAGACAAGGUGUUGGAACAAGCAUACUGUUUGGCGUUAGUUACUGUUUUGUUUAGGUUAAUUUUAAUGUGUCAGGAGGCCAUCCAAGGAGAAAAGAAUGAUAAAGAUUAGCCCCUAAAGCGUUAUAACUUAUUUUGUUGUUGAAAAUAUGCUUGGCAAAGAAACUUGGGAUCAGAUUUCUUAAAA